GCGGGCUGGACGGCACCUGCGCCCCCGAGGGUGAAAGGUGUGGGGAGACCAUGGAGAGCCCCGCGGAGAACCCCAGCAAGGCGGCGGAGUACCUGAAGGAGCUGAACAAGAUUAUUGAGACACAGCAGGAGCUGCUGGAGAAGCAGAAACGGAGGAUAGACGAGCUAGAGCAGCAAGUGGCCAAGUUGUACCAUGAAAAUGCCUGUCUCCAGGACGAGCAUCACCGGCACCUGGCCACAUGCAGGCUGCAGCAGGGCGUCCCCCCCGCGUACCCGGGGGUGCUGAGCGCCAUCCAGGAAAACGCCAAGCACGAAAAGUCUGAAGGUGAAAGCUCGAGAAGCGUCAGGUAUGAUGAUGAAGUGUCCAAGGCUAAGGAAGAAUUUGCUUACAGAAGGCUAGUCUGCCUUCGACGAUUGUGCAAGUUUGCCUACAUCUUUUAUUCUGACUGCAGACUGUAA